AUGUCCGACAUAAAAAAUAAUAAAGUUACCGUAAAUACAAAUGAAUGGAUUAAUUGGAUUGAAGAAAAUAUUUUUAAAAAUAACUUAAAAUAUUAUGAUUAUAAUGAUUUUCUAUAUAUUGAAAAAUUCUGUAAUGGGAAUUUCGGAAAUUUUUAUCGUGUAAAAUGGAAAAAUUCGGAUCAUUAUUUUAUAUUAAAAUCUUUUAAUAUUGAUAAUGUUGAUAUAAAAGAAAUCGUUCAAGAGAUUAAACUUUAUCGUGAAAUUGAUUCUCAUGAAAAUAUCAUUAACUUUUGUGGAAUUACAAAUAAAGAAAAUCAUAAUGAUCAAGCGAAAGAAUAUUUAUUAGUAAUGGAAGAUGUUGAUGGUAGAUCUCUUCGUAGUUAUUUGAAAGAGAACUUUAAGAAUCUUACUUGGGAAGACAAAUACAAAUUGGCGUACCAGUUAACAUAUACUAUAUCAUUUUUACAUGAUAAAGGAAUUAUACAUGGCGAUUUGAAUUCUGGUAAUAUAUUAGUUCAUAGGAAUACUACUAUAAAAUUAGUAGAUCUUGGAUUAUCAAAUAGAAUCAAAGAAAUAUCUAAACAAUCAUCAGAUUUACUUGAUAAAAUUCCUUAUAUUGAUCCAAAAUGUUUAAUUGUUGAAUCAAAUAAUAUAGUACGAUCGUUUAUAUUUAAUGAAAAGAGCGACGUUUAUAGUAUUGGAGUACUUUUGUGGGAGAUAUCAAGUGGUAAAUCACCGUUUGAAGGUAAAUUGUACGAUUCUAAUUUGGUAAACCAAAUUUUACAAGGUUACAGAGAAACUAUUGUUUCAAAUACUCCUCUUGAUUAUUCUAAUCUUUAUAUCGAAUGUUGGAAUGGAGAAUCAGAUAAUAGACCAGUAAUGAAUCAAAUAAUUUCUAAAUUACGAGAAAUUAUUAAGAUACAAACGGAUGAUAAUGAAAAGUUAGAUAACAAUCAUAAUAAUAAUAAUGAUUUAUUUAAAGAAUCACAAAAAAUUAUUAUUCAAAAUUUUGAUAAAAUUUAUUUGAAAGAAAUAAAAGAAACAGAACCAACAAUUCAAUAUAUUCAUAAAAAUAUAUCUGAAGAAGAUUUAGGUAUUGUGAUUGAUGAAUUAAUGAAAUUUUAUCUUCAAUGUUUAAAUAAAGGUAAAGAAGAAUAUGUUAUAAGAAGAUAUAUUUUAAAUUAUUUUAAUAAUCAAGAGAUAAAAUUACAAGAAAUUUAUAAUUGGCUUUUAAAUAAUAAUAAUAAUAAUCAAAAUGAUUCAAAUUCUAUUUAUUUACUUGGAUAUUUUAAUUAUCAUGGAAUUAUAACUUGUACUAAUAAACAUAAAGCUUAUGAAUUAUAUCAAAAAGCGGUGGAAUUAGAAAAUGUUGUAGCACAGUUAGUUCUUGCUAGUAUAUAUAUAGAAGGAAAAGGUAUUAAAAAAAAUUAUAAUAAAGCUUUUGAAUUAUCAAAAAAAUUAGCAAAAGUAGGAAAUCCAAAUGGAAUAAAUAGGUUAGGAUAUUGUUAUAGUAUGGGAAUUGGAACUGAAAUUAAUAUGAAAAAAGCAUUUAAAUUAUAUCAAAAAGCAGCAGAUUUAGGUAAUAUUAGAGCUCAAUGUAAUCUUAUUAAUUUAUAUCUUGAUGGUGAUGGUACAGAAAAGGAUUAUAAUAAAGCUUUUGAAUUAGCUAAAAAAUCUGCAGAAGAUCAUUCAGAUGGAAUGAAUUUAUUAGGUUAUUGUUAUAAUAAUGGGAUUGGAACUAAUAUUGAUAAGAAAAAAGCAUUUGAAUUAUUUCAAGAAGCAGCAAAAUUGGAAUGUUGUGAUGCUCAAUAUAAUCUUGCUUUAAUGUAUGAAGAUGGGGAAGGUAUUAAACAAAAUAUAGAUCAAGCCAUUUAUUGGUAUAAAAAAUCUGCUAAUCAAGGAUUUCAAAGUGCACAAAAUAAAUUGAAAUAUUUAGGACAUAAUAAUUAA